AUGCUGGUCUUUGGCGGUUUGGAAGGCAAACCCACAAACCUCCUCAAGUACGAUCUCCAGGCAAACGCAUGGACAAGCUUGGAACCCACUUGGAUGGUCCCAGACGCAAGCAGAGACCGUUCUUUUCACACAGCCGUGUGGGAUCCCGUCCGGCGGCAAAUGUUGAUUUUUGGAGGACAGAGAGGGCCAACGGAUAUUAUCGGCGAGCUACAAAUUUACGACGCGGAGGAAAAUACUUUUACAGAUCCAGCGCCGAGCCUGUUCGGGCUGUCGGAGUCCCAACUUGGCCGCACAAGGCACACGGCCGUAUGGGAUCCAAAGUUCCGCAUCAUGUGGGUCUUCGGAGGAAGGAGUAAUGAUUACCUUGACGAUCUCCUUAUGUAUGAGAUUGAGGCAAAUUCUUGGACCAAAGUAGACGGUGAUGGAGACCUGCCACCUGCUUCAGCCGAUCAUAUCGCAGCAUGGGCAUCCACAGAGCGAUCCAUGUAUGUGCUGUCAGGCUUCCUUGGCGAGAUGUCGUAUGGAGGCGGCAUUUCGUCGCCGGAGUGCUAUUUGUAUCCUGGGUGUUCGUACGGGAUGCUGCUGCGCUACGACACGCAGGCCAACCUCUGGAGCAAGCUGCUUGCCCCGGAGAUGCAGCCAACCAUGUAUUCUCCAAGCCGUUAUUCGGCAGCGUGGGAGCCAGGAGCAGGGGCCAUGCUGGUUAUUGCAGAGGAUAUCUGGGAGAUCGACGUGCAGGCAAACACUACCACAGUGUUUGGUGGAGCAAGAAAGAUGGGCUAUGUGCGGACAGACUUCACGGCAGUGUUCGUUCCAGAUGCUCGUCAGAUACUGGUGUUCGGAGGCACUCAACCUAAAGGCAAUGGAGUCGACCAGACCUUGUCAGACGUGGUCGCGUACCACAAGGAGAUCUGCCGUCCCGACAUUGACACUGGUUGCCAGUGCCCACCGGGAUUCGAGUUGCACGAGAACAGCAGCUGUGAGCCCUGUGAUGCCGGACGUUUCAAGGACUCGUUUGGCUUUACUCGAUGUGAGAUCUGCCCGAUCGCGAGCAUAAGCCUUGGCCGCGGCAAUGUGGAGUGCAUCUCCUGUCAGCCAGGGUUUACGAACACGGAGGACCACACGGGAUGUGUUCAAGUUCUUGCAGAAGUCCAGAGUCUGUGGACUUGUCCCGUCAAACAAGUCUGUGUUUCAAGCGGAUUACCUGGCCUGUCCCAUUAUGGGCAUCACUACAGGUUGCAGCUCACGAAGUCCAACUGUAAUGAGACCAUUCGCGACGACGUUCCUGGAAUUGUGAAUGCAGGUAUGUCUGGAUAUGGCGAAGACAACGGAACCGUCUUUGCGUGGGGCGUCAAACCUGCAGAUUUCCAGCCCGUUCCGGACCUCCUGAACGUGUGUCUCUGCGUCAGCCUGCACUGUGUCCAUCAAUGGAAUUACAUAUUGCCAGUUGGGCAGAUGUUCGUGUCUGGCCCCUUGUGGGAUCCUACUGAUCCUGAUCGACCACCGCCAACGGAUUGCGUGAUGGGCCGCGACUGCCUUGACGUCACAUUUUUGGGAUCUGGCCUGACAUUGAACCAAAGCAGUGUGAGGGUGCAGCGUUCUGCAUGUGGCUCUUCCAUCGCAGAGGCUGAGAAGGCACAACAGGCCACCUUGAAGAGGGCGGAGAUCGUCGAUGCCGAUAUGAACAGCAUGUUAACGAUGGAUUUCAAGUUCAUCGAGUUGCAGUAUGAUCCCGUCCCGCACAACAUCUGCUGGUGCGGAAGUUCGAGCGAGGGCAGCUGCGAGGACCCCUUCGCAUGGGUACAAGCUGGACAGAUGAGGAUUGUCGGCCCCUUCAACCCGCACGAGGCACAGUGUGCUGUUGGCCAGGUCUGCACUUUCCCCCUCAUCACUGGUUAUGGUCUCCGCAGUGGCGACAGAAUCAUGGUGCUUGAAGUGUGCGGAGGACAGGCCCUGGCGGGCUUUCCCGGAGAUGGCAUUCUCGAAGCGCAGGGCAACGGUACGGACGACGGCCAGGAGUUCCUCUUCAUCGGAGAGGGAUCGCAGGAGGUCCGAGGCCGGCCUGGUGUCUACCGGUUGUGCUUCUGUCGGCCGGUCCCUGACGUGGACAACUGCACGUUUGCAGAGCAUUUCACCCAGGGAUUUGGCUUCCUUGUCCUCUCUGGCCCCCUGGAAAAGGUCACGACCUGCGAGUUGGGAGCCGAUUGUACAGUGGACUUUGUGGGCUCCAACUUGGCAGCCGGUGAUCAAGUCACUGUCGUCACGGGCGCUGACUGCAGCGCUGGGCCCACAUCCAUGGGCGCUUUGGGUUACCCAAACUUGACGUCCACCACGCUCCUCACGAGGACUGGGGCACGAAAUCAGGCUUUGCUGGGGCUGCUGCACUUGGACGGCACGCCUGGAAUAUAUCGCAUGUGCUGGUGUUCGACAACUAGCGGAUGCUCCUCGCCAGAUGCAUUCGUGUCGGCCGGACAGCUGGAGCUCACCUGCCCGCCAGGGCGGUACAGCUUGGGCCUGGCUUCAGGUCGGAAAUGUCGAGUAUGUACGGGAGGUUAUUACUGCGCCGGCGGAAGUGCUGAUUUCGCUGUGCGCAUAGGUUGCCCUGUGCGCCGGACGACAAAGACAGUGGGAGCUGUGACACAAGUUGCCUGCGAGUGUGAACGUGGCUAUCAGCUUGGCGAUGACCUGCAAAGUUGUGUGAGCUGCGGAAUCGGCUUCUACAAGGAUGAGAUCAGCGAUGCCAGCUGCAAGGCAUGUCCGGAAGGCUUGACCACCUACAUGCAGGGUUCGGUGUCCAACGCUUCUUGCAUCGAUCGAGCUGAGCUGCUUGCAGAGAGUGGCAAUGACACCAUUCAAGCAAGCAAUCACAGUAUGGUGCCGGCCGUAGUGGUGCGACUCGAGCUGAUGGAUCUACCUGAGGCACAGACCAGCAUGACCAGUGGCCUCCUGGACGAGCUGCAGGCGAUGCUUCGGGCCACCAUCUCCAAUGUUUUGGGAGGUCCGGAAGCUUUGACUCUGGAGAUUCUGCCGGCUGAAGUGCGACGAUUGGCAAGCUACAACAUGCAGUUG